GUUUGGACACGCUGCCACAGUCGUAUCUUCCAGGUGUUUUUGUCUUUUACUUGAUCCGCCCAUGUGGAGUCAUCUGUGUCCUCUACCGACGCGUCGUAGUAGUAGCAGUAGUAGUAGCAAUGCAAUAAUGAACACCUAAUCAGACCGGAGGUCAGCGCCUUCCGCCACAGCUUGAAGGGGUGGGGGACAAAAAGAGAGAGACCUGAGCGGCCAACCGGAGCAGCCGAGGGCCAUUCAGAUCCCUUUCACCGCGGGAUGUACGCGCUGAGAGAGGCUCUCGGGAGAAACGAAUCACCGCUGUGUCUUUAGGAAAACCCAUUAGAGGCAGACGGGCUGCUGAGCCGCUUUUUUUUUUUUUUUCCUCUUUUUUUUUUGUGGUAGGUUAUUUUCAGAGGCGAGCUCGCAGUUGAUAACCCUCAAAGGAAGCUGCAGGCAACAACCAACGUCCGCCGUCUCCGGGGUGCUGUUCCCCCCCCCCCUUAAAGGAAGUCUCGGUAGUUUGGGGCGUGUCCGUGUGCAGCCCUCAUCUGCUUUUGUUUCUUUGGUCUGUGCCAUCCAUCUCACCAUGGACAGCCUGCAGUGCGGGGCCAGUAAAGGGGCCCAUGCCCUUCAAACAGCGCAGACCUCAUCACGUCAUAGAUGCCACCCCACUGUCUUUACUGCUCUAUGACUGACUGUUAAGGAAACAAUAAAGCCUAAAUUCCUCUUAGCUUGAGCUAAAGGAGCCAUGAAUCCACUGCUGUCCCUCACUGUCUUUUGGCUGCUGCCUCUGGCCUUGAUGGCCAAAGAAGACUUGCCACUGGACUGCAUCCCCCGCAGAUCUGUGCCUUAUCACAGGGACAAUGCUCGGUUCUUUCAUGAGGAAGGCGUCUAUAACUACUCCACCAUGCUAUUGAGGGAAGAUGAAGGCGUGCUAGUGCUCGGUGCCAGGGAGGAACUGUACGCCCUUGACCUCCAAGACAUCUCCCAGAAACGUGCUUCAGUUAAAUGGGAAGCAACAAAAAAGAAAAAGGACGAGUGUAAAAGCAAAGGAAAAAAUGCAGAGACAGAGUGCUUGAACUAUAUCAGGAUCCUGCAUAAACUGGAGGAUGGCAGGAUGUAUGUGUGUGGAACCAAUGCUUUUGACCCUGAGUGCAACUACAUGUCCUUUGCGAGUCAAAAGCUGACUCUUGAGAACGUGGAGGAUGGCAAAGGGAAGUGUCCAUUUGAUCCUUUCCAGAGAUAUGCUUCCAUCAUGACUGGUAAUGAGCUGUACUCAGCCACGUCAGUGAACUUCCUUGGCUCUGAGCCUGUCCUGAUGCGCAGCUCUCCUGGUCCCAUACGCACAGAGUUCAAAAGCUCCUGGCUUAACGAGCCCACCUUUGUUUCCAUGGCUCAGAUGCCAGAGAGCGAGAGAAGUGACAGCGGCGAUGACGACAAAGUUUACCUGUUCUUCAGUGAGACCGCUGUGGAGUGCGAUUGCUACAACAAACUGGUGGUCUCCCGUGUGGCCCGUGUCUGCAAGGGGGAUCGUGGUGGGCAAAGGACUUUGCAAAGGAAGUGGACAUCUUUCUUGAAGGCACGAAUAGACUGUCCGGUGCAGGAGUCCCAGCUGCCGUACAUUAUACGGGACGCAUACCGCUGGUGUGACCCCAAGCAGGACUGGAAGGGCUGUAUUUUCUACACCAUCUUCACACCACAAUCGGACACCUCAGACUUGUCUGCAGUGUGUGCAUACCAUGUGCUGGAUAUAAGCCGAGUGUUUGCAGAGGGCAAGUACAAGACCCCAGUCCCCGUAGAAACCUCUUUUGUUAAGUGGGUGAUGUAUAGCGGAGAAGUGCCCAUCCCUCGUCCUGGAGCUUGUAUAAAUAAUGCAGCUCGUAAUGUGGGCAUAAAUAAAACUCUGGACCUCCCAGACCGGACCCUUCAAUUUAUCAAGGACAAGCCCCUCAUGGACCAGGUUAUCCACCCAAUAGGAGAUAAACCACUACUUGUGCGCAGGGGAGCUGCAUUCAUACAAAUCAUAGUAAACCAAGUGAAAGCUGCAGAUGGCGAGAACUACCACGUGAUGUUUAUAGGCACAGACAAAGGCACGGUGCUGAAAGCUGUGAACUAUGAUGGAGAGAUGUUCAUCGUAGAAGAAAUACAGGUCUUCCACCCCCCGGUGCCAAUCAAGAUUCUUAAGUUGUCAAAUGUCAUGAUCCAAGAUGUACAGGGUCAGCUCUACGCAGGCUCAGACACUGGAGUAGCACAGAUACCAGUGGCCACCUGCGAGAGGUCCUCAUCCUGUGUGGACUGUGUCCUGGCCAGAGACCCGUACUGUGGCUGGAACAAAAUUUUGGGGAAAUGUGUUUUCAUUUCUAACUCACACAGUGAAGUAAUCCAAAGCGUGAAAGUUGGAAAUGCUUCCCUUUGCCCAGAUGCUGACCCUAUCAAGCCCCAGAAUAAGUCUGUCCAACAAGGAGCUGUCCUGAAGCUCAGCUGUCUACCACCUUCCAGCUUGGCAAAAAUCAUGUGGCAGCAGAAUGAUCAGGCCCUGAUACCUUCAGAUCACCUUCAGCUUCAACAAGACGGACUUCUGAUCCACAAUACUUCAUUUAGCGAUGCCGGUCAUUAUCGCUGCAUGUCAGUAGAGAGCUCCAGAGCUGAUAAGUACAAAACAACUCUACUUGAGUACUGGGUCACAAUAUCAGGCUCUGGCAAGAGUGGUCCGAUAUUGGGUCCCCAAGCUCAGACUGGCUGCAUAUCUGAUAUUGCACUGCAGGCUAUAGUUUGGCUUCUUGCAGUUUCUCUUCUUGUCCUUUUGGGUUGGAACUUUUACAAAGGCCACCUACCUCUGCCCUGGAACUGUUUAAAGAGGAACAGUGAAGAACCUCAGAGGAACCAGGAGGAGGCUUUAAACUCCCGGACAAGUUACCAAGUUGUACAGAUUGCUGCACCAGCAGAGGAAAAGCCCCUGGUGUCUGGAACAGACAGCAGCAGCACCAGUAACAACAACCACACACUGAGUGCUGCAGCAGAGCAUAAUGCCCCAAAGUCAGCUCUCCUGCAGUCCACCAAUAACGAGUCAGAAAUCUGAAGCGCAGAACAUUAACAGAUUUCAGCUGUAAUAUUUGCAUAUAAAGACAUAACAUUCCAAAUGGUUGAAACCUUGUUUUAAGAAACUAAACUCUUAAGACUGAACCAAAUUAUAUUUUGUAAGUCUUGAUACCAGUAUGAGGUACUUGAAUUCCUGCCUUGUUUUAUAUGCAAGUGUGUGCUUAGUUUCUUACUAAUUGUUGAAAGUCCCAUAGACUGGAAUAGGUUAUAAUGACUGGUGUGAUUUUUACAGGGAAUGUACAUUAAGUGAAAUUGAGCCACUUAUUUUUUUAACCACUAGCUACAAAGACUUCUUUUAUUGCAAUAAAAAUGUUUGUGUUCAAGUUA